CCGGUGGGUGUAUCUUUCACGAAGCCUAAGCAGGGCUACCAGCCUGGUGCUCUCUGGUCCUUUGAAGUCCUGUUAUUUAUCCGAGUUUUGUUUGUUUAGUUUGAGAAUUUCCCCGACCAGCAGUGUCACUAGGAUGCUUCAGCUGAAUGAUGCUGCGGAGCCCGACAGUCCGGGCGCCGCGGUGCUGCACGCCGCCGAGGUGGAGGACGGCGUGGAGGUCGCGUUUACGCCGCCCGGGGCCCGGUCGAGCCACGGCUUGGAAACGGCUGUGGCCUGCUGCUCGCCCCUGCAAAAACUGACGCCCUUUCACGUCCACAAUCCGACGAUGAAAGCAAAAGUCAAGGAUUACUUUGUUUUUAGGCCAGGAACAAUAGAGCAGGCCGUGAACGAUAUUCGCACAGUGGCCCUCCCUUCAGAAGACGGCGAGGUUCUGAGUGUGUGGCUUUUGGCAGAAAUUGAUCACUGGAACAAUGAGAAGGAGAGACUUGUGCUCAUCACAGAGAGGUCCUUGCUGGUGUGCAAAUAUGACUUCAUCAACUUGGUGUGUCAGCAGGUGAUCAGAAUUUCCUUAAAUGCCGUGGACACAAUUUCAGUUGGGGAUUUUGAGUUUCCUCCGAAAUCACUCAACAAGAGAGAGGGCAGCGGUAUCCGUGUGCACUGGGAUAAGCGGCCGAGGCCUUCGUUCCUAAAUCGCUGGAAUCCCUGGUCUACCGACAUGCCCUACGCCACCUUCACGGAGCACCCCAUGGCCCAUGCCGACGAGAAGGUGGCCUCCCUCUGCCAGCUGGAGAACUUUAAAACCCAGCUAAUUCAGGCCGUGAAGAAGGCCCACAAGGAGUUCCCCAUUCCGGGUCGCUCAAAUGGAGUGCUCCUACUGGAGCGACCUCUGCUCAUCGAGACCUACCUGGGCUUCAUGUCCUUCAUCAACAACGAGGCCAAACUGGGCUACUCCAUGACCAGGGGCAAAAUCGGCUUCUAGCUCUGCCCAAUCCGCAGCUGCCUGUCACUGCUCUGGGUCGGCACCGGGCGGGCCGCUCCCGUGUGUGCUGAGCUACGUGAAUCCCUGUUUGUGUUGCUUGCAGAUUUCAGUGGGAUGUGAAACAUGCCCACUCCAAGCCCGACAACAUGACUACGCAGCAUGUGCCUGGGAACAUUUGAUGCCAACACUGAUGCCAUGCCCUUUCAGGGUAGUGCCAUCCAGCUGCUUCUUUAUGUAUCCCUCUGGACCUGUGUGUGUAUGUUUGUUUUGGGGUUUUUUUUGUGGUUGAAGUGGGAUAAUUUGGGAUACGUGAAGCUGACAUGAUUUGCACAUAACACUGGUGCAAUGGAUUGGAGAUCUUUGCCAUUAUAAUGCCUAAAGCUGUUAUUCUGUUAUUCCCUUGUCUAAUUCAGACUAUGUAUUAGCAUGCUUGGUGAGUAGUUCAUAGAGUUAGCAGUGUUUUUAGACUAUUAAUGACAUGGCUGAAGUCAAUUUUUGGCAGUGAUAUGACACCCUGCCAACUAGGAAAUGAUCAAUGAUGGUGAAGAAGAGAAUCGUCAAGAUCUUGCUACACUCAUCAACCUGAAGCCAUUUUUAAUUGUAAUUAAUAAUGGCAUUUAGAUAUUAUUCUAGGUUAUUUGACAGGUUCUGUGAAUAACUUUUAUGCAACAUUCAUAAAACCCUUGAAAUUAUUUUAAAAAGGAAAUUAACGUUAGUUUGAAAGCCAGCAUUAAAAACUCAAUAACGUUUACUAUUACAGUUGCUGUUAAAACUGUUACAGGAGACUUUGGAAUACCUGCAAACUUUUGCAUCUAGCGAAAAAAAAUGCAUGUUUGCACUAAAGGACACUGAAAGUCGAUCAAAUGCUCCAUUAACGCAUUAAAAAAACAAAACAAAACAAGGACUCUGGAAGCGAAGGACUGUUGCAGUGUUUCUAUAAUUUACCGAAGUAUAUCAAGACAAGACUAUUUUAGUUGAGAGAGUUCAGCAAAUCAGUCAGUUGUUCUGGUGAAAUGUGCACAUCAGUAAAGUUGUGAGCUUUCCUACUCAGAACCACUAGUAACAGUUGGAACAGGUCAUUUCAGUUUCAGUACUGCCAUCGUUUUCAUUGUAUGUUGCUCACUUCUAGGUUUAAUGUGAAAGGCAAGUUUGUACAUAAAACAGAUAUGGAGCAUGCAUUCAGACAGAGGGAAAGAUGGACAUCUAGACAACGCUCCUCAGAGUAACUACUUGGAGGCAUUACCACUAUAGGACUUCCCGCCCAACAGCCUUCUGUGUUGGUGUGUUCAAGCUUGAUCAUUUUGCUUCAAGUACCAAACUCAAUGCACUUUUUUUUUGUUUUGUUUGUUUGCAACAUCUUCAGCUGUCAUAAUUUCAUUUUGAAAGUGCACUCUCAUUUUAACUAAUGUGGCUGUCAUCAUAGCUCGGUUUCCCUGCUCAGGUUGCUAUGCCUAUUACUUUCAGUUGAGGUUUAACUUUUAAAGGAUGCACAGAAGGGUUAGGAAUCAAUCCUAACCAAAGGUGUUCGGAAGUGAAUACGGGUUCUGAGAUGUUUGCACUUUUGUUCGUUCUUUUUACCUUACCUACAACGCAUAGGGAUUUGUUUGUACCAAAGUCAUAAUGAUGGCACCGUUUCUAAAAUGUUGGCAAUUUUAAUGUUAAUGAAGGUAGUUUUCUUCAUUUUGUAAAAAUGUAAAGUUUUGCAUGUCAACUACGCAUGUGGUUUACUGGGUGUGAAAUGUCUGACUAUUUGAUGUUUGUACUCCAGUCUUGUCUUCAAAUCAACCGUUACAGCUUUUAAGCACACUAUCUGCAUAAAUACUUAGAAUUAAUGCUAGUGACUGAGUGCAAGAAUAUGCUUGCUAUUCACUUUAUCCAUAUUUAACUAUUGGAGACAUUCCAAGACCCAGAUUGGUCCUAUCUAGGAUUAUGCAUAUAAGCAGACUUCCCAGUUUUGGACUGAAGGGGAUUCUGGGAACCAGCCUCAGCGCUAUAGUUGGAAUUUAUAUGCCAUUAAUACUGAUAUCAGUCCUUUGGAUUUGUAUUAUAAACAGUCAUGCUCAUCUCAUUAAAAUGAUGCCACAUUCUUUUA